GCUUUUCCUCUUCUUGCGGCGGUGGGUCGGAGCCGCUGCGUCCCCGGUCUGGCACGUUCCUAGCUAAAUUCUCCUGUGUGUAAAUUUGGAUUUCCCUCGCUGCCCAGCUCUAAAGCGUUUCAUUUACAAAUUCGCUGCCAUCUCGUAAAAAUUCGUGGUUUCAAAUAUCCCUGUAAACUGUUAAGUGAGAAGAUGGCGGUGGUAAGCGGGAUGGGGUCGGCGGUAGCCCGGCUGGAGGGCCGAGAAUUUGAGUAUCUGAUGAAGAAAAGGUCUGUAACCAUCGGCCGGAACUCCUCGCAGGGCUCGGUAGACGUAAGCAUGGGACACUCCAGCUUCAUCUCCCGGCGGCACCUCGAGAUAUUCACGGCCGGCGAAGAUGGCACGGGCACGGGGGAAUUCUACCUCCGGUGCCUUGGAAAAAACGGGGUGUUUGUAGACGGGGUGUUCCAGAGAAGAGGAGCCCCACCUUUGCAGCUCCCGCGAAUAUGCUGUUUGCGCUUCCCCAGCACAAGUAUAAAGAUCAAUUUCACAGCCCUGUCCCAUGAGAAGAAGGAGCCCAGGAAUGUGCCCGAAUCACCGGUCAAGCCCGUUCAGCCCCAGAUCUCACCCCUCACCAUCAACAUUCCCGACAACAUUGCCCACCUCAUGAGCCCACUGCCCUCUCCCACAGGCACCAUCAGUGCUGCCAACUCAUGCCCUUCAAGUCCUCGAGGGGCAGGUCUGUCCAGCUACAGGACAGGAAGAGUGCUGGCCCCAGAUCUGAUGGGAGACCACUCACAUUCUGAGAAUGACAAGGAUGCCUCUGGGGAGGACAGCCCAAAGGACGACUCCAAGCCUCCAUAUUCAUAUGCCCAGCUCAUAGUCCAAGCCAUCACCAUGGCCCCAGACAAGCAGCUCACACUGAAUGGAAUCUACACCCAUAUCACCAAGAACUACCCCUACUACCGGACUGCCGACAAGGGCUGGCAGAACUCAAUUCGUCACAACUUGUCUCUGAACCGGUAUUUCAUCAAAGUGGCACGUUCUCAGGAGGAGCCAGGGAAGGGCUCCUUCUGGAGGAUUGAUCCUGCCUCAGAGAGCAAACUCAUGGAUCAGGCCUUUAGAAAGAGGAGGCCCCGUGGAGUGCCCUGCUUCAGGACCCCUGUCGGACCCCUCUCCUCCAGGAGUGCCCCAGCCUCUCCUAACCACACUGGGGCUCUCUCAGCUCACUCCAGUGGAGUCCAGACGCCUGAUAGUCUGUCCCGAGAGAGCUCCCCAGUUCCUAUGGAGCAGGAGUCCACACCCCCUCCAGGGCCUACCAAUACUUCCACUGUACAGCCCAAACUUGCAGUCAUCAAAGAAGCUCGCUUUGCACAGAAUUCACCAGGGUCCCCUCUGAACAGCCAGCCUGUACUGAUAGCAGUUCAGCGACAGUUACCUCAAAACUCUAUGAAGCCUGUUACCUACGCUGUGGCCGCACCUGCCAUUGUCACUACCACCGGGAGCCCAGCCCCUGUUAUGCAGACUGUGCAUGUGGUCCACCAGAUCCCAGCAGUCACCAUGACAACGAUGGAAGGUCCGCCUGCUUCAGCAAGUUCUGGGACUCAGGAAAAUGGAGGAGGGGAACAUCAUGAGGUCAAAGUUAAAGUGGAGCCCAUCUCAUCCAUGAGUGCUCCCUCUAUAGGUGGAGUCGGUCGGAUCAUCCAAAGCUCCCAGGCCCCUCCUCUCACUACAGUCACUAUAGUUCAACAGGCCCCCCUGGGACAGCACCAACUCCCAAUCAAGACUAUUACACAGAAUGGGACGCACCUUGUGCCUCUCAGCACCACCACAACCACAGUGGUGGCCAACCCGCUCCACCUGCUGGCCACUCACGCCUCUGCCUCGGCCUCUCUGCCCACAAAGAGACAAAACGGAGAAGUGUCUGAAGAACCUGAGACCAAGAGGAUCAAAACUGAGGAGGAUACAGUUACUGAAGGCUCCACAGACAGAUCUGAAGAAGGCAAGCUCAGUGAACAGAGUGGAGACAAAUGAACGCAGCCGAGCACCCCGCCUCCGUACAACCUCCUCCAUCAGACCAUUAUAUCUGCCACGGUGCCAAACUCUACAGAGAAUGUGCAAGUCUCCCACUAGUCUUUCAAAGUAUUAAAGACCAAAUAUAUAAAGAAACUUAUGUGUGAAACCUGUGAAUUGUUGGCACUGAGAAGCACAGCGGGGGUGAAGUGGAAACAUUGGUAGCAUAACAAACAGAAGGACUUGCAGCAGUGACUUUGGUAAGGAAAGCUCUCGGACACUCCCAUCUGCGGCAGCUAGCCUUCAUGUCCCUAACCCUGUUGUGACUAGAUAAUAUAUGCAGUAUUUCGUUGUACAAGUGUAUCUUAGGACCUUUUAAGUGUAUCUGAGGCACUGACUGAAAGAGGGGUAACAUUCACCCAUCGCAACCAUCAUGAUAUUUUUGUUCAUGUGGACUUUCUGUGAAAUGAAUGUAGUCUUUCCUUUUGAGAAAAGAAAACACUAUAUAUGUUCUGCUCAGCCAUGCAACUGUAAUUUGUUUCUUACUGUACAAUGACAGAAUUUUCAUAUUUUACAAAUAACUAAUGACAUAAAGUAUAUUGCCAUGUGUAUUUAUAGCAGAUGUUUCACGGAGCUUGCAUGUUCCAGAUGUAGAGGUGAGCAGUUAAUCUGAAUAUGGAUCUGAAGAAACUGUGGCACUGCUGAACAGUGCUGCACUUAACUUUGACUUUAUUUUAAUGUAUUUCUUUUCCGUCGUCAUUGGCUGUUUUUUGUGUUGACGCUCUUGACUCAGUUCUCUUCUGUUUACGGCUCUAAAGUCAGACUGUAUUCUGUGUUACGCCAGGAAAAAAACAGUAAUAGAUGUUUGUUCUGCUUCGGUGGGUAAAUGCUUUUUUUUAAAAACUUAUUUAAAAUGCGUUACUUAGUUUGUAAUUCUUUGAGUAAAAAGCCUUCUCCACUGGGCAAA